AGAUUGACAAAACGCAUGCGUCAAAAAUAUAAAUAUGUCGACUUUCCGCUGAAGAAACUGGUCCUUGAAAAGAAAACAUUUCCAUGUCCACAUAGAACUAUGUAGCACAUUCAGAUGAAAUCAUAACACUGUAUUUACAUGUGUUCAAUUAAGAAUUUCUUGUCUUUGCAUUAUAGUUUCCGUAAGACGUAAACAUGUCAUUUUUGAACAGCUUUAAAAAGUUGUUCCGUCUUGGCGGUGAGGACGAUUUAAAAAAUAAGAAAAGAGAACUGUACAAAAAUAUAAAAAGAGAAAUUGACCCGAAGAUUCAAUGGGAAAUUUUAGCUGAAAUUGGUGAUGGUGCGUUUGGAAAGGUGUACAAGGCUGAGAAUAAAGAGAAGGAUAUAUUAGCAGCUCUAAAACAUGUUGAGAUUAAAAGUGAAGAAGACAUUGAGGACUUCUCUGUAGAAAUAAACAUCUUAACAGAUUGUAGACAUAAAAAUGUUGUAUCACUGUACGAGGCUUUCUACUAUGAUAGUAAACUAUGGAUGUUUAUUGAGUAUUGUGGUGGAGGAGCGAUUGAUAGUAUCAUGGUGGAAUUGGAGAAGCCAUUGAAUGAGAAACAGAUCCGUUACGUCUGUCAUGAAAUGUGUGAGGGGUUAGAGUUCUUACAUGACAACAAAGUUAUACACAGAGAUUUAAAGGCUGGUAAUGUACUCCUCACACAGGAAGGAGAUGUUAAACUAGCUGACUUUGGUGUGUCUGCCAUGAAUACUAAAACAGUUCAAAGACGGGACUCCUUUAUUGGUACACCUUAUUGGAUGGCACCAGAGGUUAUUAUGUGUGAAACUUUAAAAGACAGUCCAUACAAUUAUAAGGCUGAUAUUUGGUCACUUGGUAUCACAAUGAUAGAGUUUGCUCAGAUAGAACCACCCAACCAUGACAUGCAUCCUAUGAGAGUUCUCAUCAAGAUACAGAAAUCAGAUCCUCCAACAUUAAGUGGACCAUCACGAUGGACCAAAAGUUUUAAUGAAUUUAUCAAGAUUUGUUUGAAUAAAGACCCUGAACAAAGACCAACAGCUGGAGAAUUAUUACAGCACAAAUUUAUCAAAGAUUACACGAAUAAGAGCGACAUAUUAAACUUAGUGUUAGAAUCUAAAGCUGAGGUUGUAGAAACUGUAGAAGAUUUAACAGAGGAAGACGAUAUCAAAGAGAUGAAGCGCCACAUGAGUGAUAUGUCCAGUAUUGAUUUAGACGAGAUAUCAACUUCUGGUGGAGAAACAGACCAGGAAAAAGCUCCUACUCCAGAAAAAGAAGUUGUCAAAGAAAAGAAGAAAACAUCAGUUGUUGAAGAGAAAAAAGAAUCAGUUGUCGUUCAAAAGAAGGAUGAACCAGCUGUUGUUGAAAAGAAGAAUGAACCAGCUGUUGUUGAAAAAGAGAAAGAACCUGCUCCAGUGGAAAAAGAGAAAGAACCAGCAGUUGAAGAAAAGAAAAAAACUAUUGUUGUGGAAGAGAAAAAAAUUGAUGAAAAAGAAGAAGAGAAGCCUGUUGAACCAGUGCCUGUGGUACAAGAACCAUCAGUGUCUCCUAAACCUUCCCCCAAACAGUCCCCUGCCCCCUCUCCUCAACGGUCUCCUGUGACCACACCUCCAAAACAAGUAUCUCCUCGACGAUCUCCAGAAGUAAGCCCACAGAAAGUUGCCAAAGAAGACCAAGAUAAAUCAUCUGAUGAAGGUCUGGGACCAAGCAGUGAUGAAAAAUCUGAUACUAGCCAGAAUGAAAGUGUGUCUAAACCUGUAGAAGAUGGAAUUAAAUAUGAUAUUGAUGAAAUCGUAGACGAUCUGAUUAAUGAAGUAAUUAAAGCAACAGAGACAGAGCCAUCCGUAGCGGCUGUUGUUUUUGAUGCCAUUAAAGAUGUCAUAACACAAGAAGAUGGUGACGAGCAGAAUGAAGAGUCGGUUUAUGAUGUCACAGACAUCGAGUUUGAAUUAGACGAGGUCAAAGAUGAAACAGAAGAGAAACAGGACUCUGAUAACAAAAGUGAAAUUAGUGACGUGUCUAAACAAACUCAAGACAGUGAAAGUAUAGGUAAUGAUAUAACAAGUAAUUCUAGUGUGACACGUAUAGAGAUUGGACAACCGGGCGACAAACCUAAAACAGAAAUCAUCACAAAACCUCCUCAAGAAAUGGAAGUACAAGAAAUUAAGGUCAAAGUUGAAAGUGAUGAUGAAAAAUCUGAAAAGGUUGAGGAAAAAGAAUCAGACACUAAAAGUAAAGGUAAAAAUAUAUCUGUCAUUACAAUAAAUGGACAGUCAGUUCCGCCUGCAGGAAAUAGUGUACUUGUAAAUGGUCAUGUGACAGGUGUUAAAGACACGUCAGGAAACGAAAUCAUGAUUAAUUCCAUAUCAAAUCAGAAAAAUGAUCCAAAUGUUCCCCAAACUGACCUAGAUUCCUGUGAUGUAGAAGAAGGUCACAAUGACCAGAAGUCUGACACAGAAAGUGUCAAUACCGAGGAUAGCAUGGACAUUGUGGAGCCGAGGAAACCCAGGAAUAAAGCACAGGGACACUUAAGAAACAGAAGUGAGAAUAAAAGUCAGUACCGAACCCUAACUAAGACGAGGAGAUAUAUGAAAGAUGGAGUGGUUGUCACGAGUACUACCCAAAAGGUUGUCCAGGCUGGGGAGGAAAACAGGAUCAGAGUGGACUUUUAUGACAGAAAACAAGAUUUAAGAGAGUUGAAGAUGUUACAGAAGCAAGAAAAUAAACAAUACCAAGAUUUAGUGUACAAAUCUCAAGGUGCUAGAGAAACACAAGAAAGGAAGUUUGACUAUGAUAUGCAGAAUUUAAAGAAGAAUUAUGAUCAAGAUAUGGAUACCUUGACUAAACAACAGAAACAACAAGUGGAGAAAGCUGAGACGUCACAACAACUUGACAUGAAGGGGGCUGCUAAACGUAUCAAGAUUGAACAGGAAAAGGAACUUAAAAUGUUUAAAGAACAACAGAAACAAGAGAUGAAACUACUGAAGCAAGAAUUAGAUUUCAUGUCUAAAGAUAACAAGAAAGAGGCCAUGAGAAAACGCAAAGAUGAAAAAGAGAUAGAACUGGCUGAUAAGGAGAGACAGUUCAUGGAAAACCAGCAAGAGAGAAUGGAGAAACACAUGAAACAGAUAGCCGAUACACACAGACAGAAAGUAGCCUUGUUAGAAAGUCAAUUCUUACAACAAAAACAACAGUUACUGAGAGCUCGUGAGGCAGCAAUUUGGGAGUUAGAAAAACAGCAGUUACAUGAAAAACACCAACUGGCAAAGAGUCAACUGAAAGAUAUGUUUUUCUUAAAACGUCACCAGAUGUUAACUCGUCACCAAAAGGAAGUAGACCAAAUGAAGAGAAGUAACUUAGGAAAGGAAGAAGAAAUGCAAAGAAGACAUGUCUUAGAGAAAAGAAGACUCCCUAAAAUACUUAAAAACGAGGCCAAAACCCGAGCUCAGAUGUUCAAACAGAGUCUACGACUUAGUGUUGUAGGAUCUCCAGAGGACGACAGGGCUAAAAUGAAACAGUUUGAAGAAAAUGAGAAAAAGAGAAUAAAAUCAGAACAACAGAGACAAGAGAAUAAACACAAGAAACAAUGGGAAGAUUUGGUGUUUAGAAACGAGACAAGUCUCAGAGAACUGGAACAAUUACAGGGUGAAAAGAGAAAGAUGUUAAUGGAACAAGAAACACAAAAGAUUAAAGAGUUAGAUGAACAAUAUUCUAAUGAAUUACGGGAAUGGAAGAAUCAACUUGUUCCCAGGAAACAGAGAUUAGAAGAGGAAUUCCAAAAACAACGAGAGGAACAAGAGAAAUUUUAUGGGACAGUUGUAAUAACAGGAAAUGAAAACGCCUACUCAAGUUCAAGGCCAUCUCCGUCGGCAUCGUUAAAGAGUAAAAAAGACUCUGUUACUUCACGACAUUCAACAGUUAUAUAGAUAUACGCUUAGAUAUAUUAUAGCAUGUAUAUGUUGCCAUAGAAACAAUGCUACAUUGUGAUAUGUUACCAUAGUAGCUGUGCUAUUUUUAACAUAUAAUAUGGUGAGACAAACAAUGUGUUCUUCACUAAUAUCACUUCAUGUUUUACACAUCAACGUUUUCAAAACAAGGUCUAUCAGUCUAUGUGUCUAUGUAAGGUCUAUCAGUCUGUGUAGCUACAUAUGUUUAAUUAGAUUUGGUGUGAGCUUGCAGCUGUUUCAGUAAAAGAAUUGCAUGUGUGGCUACAAGACACUAGUAAUUGAACAAGGAAUGGAAGUGAAGUUCUCAUUUUUUUCCUGGCAUUUCAUUGAUCAGUUUUUUAAUGAAAUAGUGAAAAGACAAAAUGUCUAAUUUUGAAAAAAACUGCAUUUAUGCCUCAUGCUCUUGUUUUCAAUUAUUUAAUUGAAAUUCUAUAAGAUAUGAGAAUAACAUGAGCAGAGACUGUAUUUACAAGGAAUUGCAUGCUCUGCAGGUGAGGCAAAGGCAGGAGUAAGUGAGUAAAUAAAAUCUACAUUAGGCAGAGGAUUGACUGAAAAGACUUUAAUUAUUUUUAGGAUAAUACAGAGAUCUUUCUAAAAACAGAUUUUCUUUCAAUAAUAUAGUGUUCCUGAGGAGGCAUCAGUGUUAUAUUUAUAUUUUGUUAUAUAAGUUCCAUAACAUGUGCUUUCUGUUGAAUUCAACAUGGAAUGAGUGUUUCGUGUAAGGUCAAUAAGAAGGUAGGGUGCUGGACAUGAUUAUAUAAAGAUACAUAUAUUAUAUAUGCAUAAAUGUAAAUAGGGGGCACUAGAUGAUAAAAAUGCCUUUUUUCAUAAAUAAUUCAGUUGUUUUAUACUUUGAACAUGAGUUUUGUUUUACCCAUCUGUUUCCAAGGAAACUUAAAUUUUAAAAUCGUGUCAUGGAAUGUGAAAUGAUGGUUUUAUAAUUGUGCUACAGUAAAUUUAACACAUUCAAACUGGUAUAAAAGAAUCUGUUGAACCUCAAUUUAUUAAUAAUUCUAUUUUUCUUUGUACAUUGGAAAAGUUACAAACAAAAUUUGACCAACUGAGGCUUGCAUUAUUAUUUGAAGCUGGAUUGAAGUAGUGGCAAAUUAUCAGAACCCUGCUAUAGGUAUAUAAUAAGCAAUUAUUUUUUUCAAGGUCUAGAAACGCAUAACAAAGUCUUUUUUUAUAUCAAAGCUUUAAACUAGUGUAUGGCAGAUUGUUUAAAUUUUGCCAUGAAGUGUACAAUGUAAAUUUCAGUGAAUAUUUACUCCAUAAUUACUCAAUACAUCAAAUUUUGUGCAAGAAAAUAGUGACCUCCAAUAAAAUUUAGGACAAAAACCUGCUAGAGAAAUGUCCAAAUAUGGACACAAACAAAUAGAACACAACAUUGUAUUUUUUUACCAUGAAAUUGCAAAAAUAUGACAUUAAUGUUAGAAUUAUCAUAACAACUUAUUCAGUAAGGUGCAGUUUCCUCAUUCAAAAACAGCAUAUAUAUAUAUAUAUAUGUUUGAAUGCUAUCUACAUAUAAUCCAGGGAGGUCAUACAUUGUGACCUUGAUAAUACAAGAUGUAAUUACUGUCACCUUCAUGUUUAAUGUGGUACAGAUGCCUUACAAGAAAUAAGUUUUUAUAUCCAAAUAUUUCCAUAAAUUUAUUGCUCUUUAUUCAGGAUUAUUAUUUAUUUAUAUAUUUAUUGGUAUCUAUGUUAUAUGUUAUAAUGAAGCAGUUGAAUGUGUGCAUGUUUAGUGUUGGCAAAAUAUUUACUCAGAAGCAGCAAUGGAAAAAGAUAGAAUAUCAGCCUUAAACAUUUGUUUAAAGUAUUUUCAUGCUUGAGUGGAGAGAUAAAUGCAGUUGUACAUAAUGAGAAUUAUAUAAAGAAAAAACUCUAGGAAGAUUUCCUUGGUUUAUGGGUUUUCAUACUUAUCAAAGAAGAGUUGAUAAAAAUAAUUUGUAUUUUGUUUAGGUUUUGUUUUAAUUUCAAUAAGCAAGUGAAUAUUGAUACCCACUACCCAGUGAUACCCCUCAUUGAUUUAUAUAAGCAACUGAAUAUUGAUACCCAGUACCCAGUAAUACCCCUCAUUGAUUUAUAUAUGUAAAAAAUUAGUACAUUCUUAUUACCAGUGAUAUAUUGUUAAUGUUAAAGGACUAAUCUAAUCAUGAAUGAACCCAAGAAAAAUCGAAACAAUUGAAAUAUUUUAACGACAAGUACAUGAAAUUACACAAAUUAUAACUAGUUGUUUCAGUUGAUCAGAUUUGUUAUAUGUACUACAAUGUUUUAACCAAAUGAUAAUAGUAAAUUAUUUCAGGUUUUUAUUAAUUAUAAUUUACAAUAUAUUAUGUUACUUAUUUUCAUGAGAUUUUUUACUUGCCAAUUUUUUUGUUAUUUUAUGCUAAUUAUUAGGUAGGAAAACAUAAUCAACACACAAUGUCUUGUAUAUUUGCUUUUGUGGCUUUCCAUACAUUCCUGUCGUUUGCUGAAAGUGCCAUUAAUUCUUACCUGUAUAUUUGGCUUAUUUACCUGUAUAUUUUGACCAAACAUUGCCGUAUAUUUGUUAUUAAGAAAUCUUGAGAUUUAUCAUCCAUGAAGAACUACUGAAUGUUUUCUUUGAGGUGAAAUAUAAAUUAAUUUAGAUCAGAAAAGUGGAACCAGACUGUUUCCUGAUUGUAUUCAGCCAUAACCAUAUAACAAACUUAUACUACACAUCAAUUCAUUGAUGAAAAUUGUCCAGAUUUUUUUAAAUUUCGUUUCUUACAAUUUUUCACAAAUGUGAAAGUUUUCACUCAUUUAAAGAUUUUUUACCAUCCAUGAAUUUUGUCUUCGCCAUGAUUUUUUUUAUUCUUCAUGCUUAAACAAAAAUCUGACUAAUUUAUUAUUUGAAUCCCCUUUAUGGAGAUCAUCCUUAGUACCCACCUAAUUGUCACCAAAGAACUCGUACAUUAGUUUUAUUGCUAGUGUCACAUGUGCAAAACUUAUUAAUUAAAACUCUCUUAAUAAUAUAACUGAUAAUAUCACUAUAAAUCUUCACAGAUUGGUUUCAAAGGCUUUUAAUCCAAUUUGUUUUCUUUCAAUGUAGUUGUCUAGAUCAGAUAUUCUUUUCAAUGUCAACAGCUAUCGAUGUUUAGCAAAAUGUUUAGUUUUAAAAUAUUUGAUGAGAAUGAUGAAUCCCUUAAUUAAUUUCAUGGUCUCUUGAUGCAUUGAAAAUGUUCAUGAUGGCAGAAAUAAAAGUCCAUAAAAAGAGUUUAUUAUCUCCCUGUAUUUAGCAGUAUAUUAUCAUUGAUUUAACAUUUUUGGAGUAUAUAAUUAAAAUUUAUAAGAAGCUUGUAUGAUGACAGAUUUUUAUUCAUGAUGUUAUGAGUAUUAGAAGUUUGGGAUAUAUAGGGUUUCAUAUGUCCGUCCUAAUAGCUGUAGACAUCACUUGCUUUCAAUCUACUGAAUGAACGCUUUGUUAUAACUUGUAUGUGCUAUCCUGUGUUCUAUUUAUACUUAUUCAUGCCUAAUCAUAUCACCCAUAUUGUUGAAUUCAUUUUCAAGUAGACCAGAAAUAAGUUGAUAAGACCAUUUUUCUAUGUCAACAUUGAAUGAAACAAAAACAUUCAAACAUGCAUUUAGAAGGAAUGUACAAAAAGUUUUGCAAAGUCAAGCUUUUAAACCGUUUUCACUAAAUCUAUUCCUAUCUGCACUGAUUAACAUCCUUGUCAAGGAAAACACCAUAUAGUUUAACCUGAAUUAGGAUUUUCAUUAGAUUUUCAGUAAUAUUAAUACUUAGAAAGUUAGCACUGACAACUAAGUCUCAGUCUGUUUUGAUAACUUAUUACUGUUUGCUGCCCUCUUUUGCGAUCACCCUAUUGUACCAGAUAACUGGUAAGGUCAAUCAUUCAUGUUUUAACAAUAAAUGAUACAUACUUAACAUACUUAAUGUAUCUGUCCUAAACUAUAGAGGACUGUAUCUCCGUUUGUUGUGCUUGAUUGAAAUAGUGCUAUUGGUUGGCUUCUUCUCUUACCUGCUUCUAUAGCUCUCUGUGUAGCAAUCAUCUUUACCCAAUGGGGAAUAUAUGGUGCUUGUUGGAUGAUGUCACAUUCAUUUUUCCAAAAUUCCUGCUAAACUUUACUAAACUGUAGUUUGGGUGGUAUAGAUAAAGAAGAAUUCUUUGUGCUUGGAUUACAAUAUUGAUUUGAAGUAAUUAAUAUAUUAAAACAUCCUGCUAUUUGUGAUCUAUGUAAAUACCACUGCUUUAACUGUAAAAUAAGCUAAGAUUAUACAGUACUAUACUUGUGCACAAUUUAUUUUUCUCAAUUUCUAUCUAGAAUAGAAAUUUUUUCAUUAAGUAAUACAUGUAAUAUGGACUGCAUUCAUUUUCAAGUUUACUUGUGGGUAAAAAAAAUAAAAAAUCCUGACCAUUUGAAACAAAUUCUUAACCCUGAAAAUGAAGACACAAGUAGAUAAAUAUUUUCUAUUCAAAUAGCUUUAGGUUUAUUUUAAAUAACUAAUUUAUUAACAAAAGCUGAAAUAAAAAAUAGGCUUUUUCGAUAUAUCACCCUUCAUAGUCCUGGACACCAAUAUCUGUGAGUGUUAAGUUUUGAUAUUAAAAAAGCAAUAUGGUAUACACUUUAUUACAAACUUGAUAGAGAUUUCUACUGUUGUUUGAUAAAGCCUAUGCAACUGUUACUGAUAUCAUCACAGAAUGCUGAUACAAAACAUUGCUAUUGAAUAUUCAACACUUUAAUUUUACUACUUGUACAAAACAAUUGCUAUUGAAUGUUUAACACAUUAAAUUUACAACUAAGUAUGUAAUCAAAUUUUAAUAUUAUGCAUCAUUUGCUGCACUUUGUUCAAUAUUGCAAAAAAUAUGUCUACACAGAACGUUUUGUAAAGUCUUAUCAUUUUUUGUGUUAUUUCAGAAAUAUAUGUGCUAUCAAUAUAAUAAUAGUUUGUAUAUAAGAUGGGCUUAUUAUUUAAGUUCACUUAAUCAUUUAAUAUAUAAUUUUCCACAAAAUAUGAAAAUAAACUUUUUAAUUAUC